AUGACUGAUUUUAAACGAUUACAAAUUGAACGUCCUAUUGAUGAUGGGCAAGCAUUAACUGAUGAUGAUAUUUAUUGGGGACCAUUAUCGAAUUCUCAUCCAACAACACUUCGUGAAUAUGGACCAGUAACAACUAUUGAUAUAUCUCCAACGCGUCAACAAUGGAUUUCAGUCACAGAUUCGACACGUGUUCAAAUCUAUUCACCAGAUUCAUUAUCACUCGUUCGAUCAUUCUAUUCAUUUAAAGAUACUGCCUACUGUGGAACAUUUCGUUCAGAUGGUCGGUUGAUCUGUGCUGGAUCAAAAGAUGGAAUUGUUCGUGUAUUUGAUUUUGAAACACGUACUCAACUACGUCAUUUUAAAGAACAUCAAGGUUCACCUGUUCAUUGCACACAUUUCUCUCGUGAUAAGACAUACAUCUUCACUGGUAGUGACGAUCGAACUGUUCGAGUAUUUGAUCUCGCGACAGAAAAGCAAUUGUCACGUUUUGAUCAUGUUCAUACGGAUUAUGUUCGAGCAUUGACGCCAGGUUCAGCAACGAAUCCUCAUUUAUUGUUAAGUGGAAGUUAUGAUCGUUCAAUGAAACUGAUUGAUCGACGUAUGUCAAAUAGUGAUAAUAUUCUGAUGAAAUUUGACCAUGGAGAUCAAAUUGAAUCGGUAUUAAUGUAUGCAAAUGAAACGCUCGCAAUAACAGCUGGUGGUCUUUAUUUGAAAGUUUGGGAUUUGUUGGGUGGCGGUCGUCUGUUAGCGUCACUCUCCAAUCAUCACAAAGCGAUUCUAUGCACAGGAUUUACAAGUGAACAGCACUAUCUCUUGUCCGGAGGUCUUGACCGUCAUGUGAAAAUUUAUGAUGCAUCAACAUUUCGUGUUGUUCAUACGAUAACUUAUCCGGAUGCCGUUCUUUCACUGGGAAUGAUUGGUCCCAAUGAUCGGGCAUUAUGUGUCGGUAUGCCCGGUGGUUUAUGGUCAGUGAAACGACGUGAUGGUAAACAGCAGAUGUCGAGUUCAUCAUCGGCGAUCUCAAUGAAUAAUAGUUAUGACUCGAUUCGAAAUGAAACGAAUGGUGAAAUGAUGUCAUCAACCAAUUCAUUAGUACCCAUCGAUGAUGAAUCAACGAAUGAUACAAAAUCAACUGCUUCAUCUGGUUCGAGAAAAACCAAAUCAAGACGACGAUUUUUUCCAUCAGGUAUUGUAACACCAACAACAACGGAUGCAGUUGCUACUGCAAAUCGCCGUCCACGCCUGGCUCCAUACGAUAAUUACCUACGAAAAUUUCGUGCAUCAGCUGCCUUGGAUGCAGCUUUUACAUCAGCGAUAAAACGCCGUCAACCGGACAUUGUUUUAGCUUUAUUCAAAGAACUAUCACGUCGUCAAAUGUUAAAACAAGCUUUAGCUGGUCGUGAUGACCUCUCUCUAUUGAAAAUUCUUCGUUAUCUUCAAAAACAUAUAGCUCAUACAACUUACAUGCCCGUAUUAAUCGAAGUGGCACAUUUGCUGUCUCAUCUCUACGAUUUUUCAUCAUUAUCGCCCUCGGAUAAGAAUAACAAGGCGAUGGAGAAACUAAAACGAACGAUUCAUGACGAAUUACAAUUUCAAUCAGAAUUAAUGAAAACCAAAGGUGCUAUUGAGAUUAUUCUCGCUGCUGCAUCCGCUUCAACCUUAGUAGAAAACGAAUCGUUUUCUACAAACAAUACGGUGGUUUCAACAUUGUGA